UCGGCCGGAAGUCGGGAGGUUCGAGGGGGUUCGAAGACGCCGGUUUGUGACGGGGAGGCUGGCGUGGAGGUUGCCUCUCCGUCCUUUCGCUCCCCGGGCCCUCGGGAAAAACCCAGCACCCCGGCCCCGCGGCCAGCCCCUUCCGCCAGGCUCUCUCCGCUCGAUUUCGCCACCGUUAUGUGGGAAGCGAAUCCGUGGACAGAAACUGAUGACCUGGAGCUUUUCCACUGCAAGUCUUGUGUCUCCCUCCGGAGAUGUUUCACAGAGCAGAAGAAUUCUUAUCCAAGACUACAAACAGCGAGAUGGAUGAGAUGGACACGUCAGACACGCAGUGGGGCUGGUUUUACCUGGCGGAGUGCGGGAAGUGGCACAUGUUUCAGCCGGAUACCAACAUUCAGUGUUCAGUUAGCAGUGAAGAUAUCGAAAAAAGCUUCAAAACAAACCCUUGUGGCUCCAUUUCUUUUACUACUUCCAAAUUCAGCUACAAGAUAGACUUUGCAGAAAUGAAGCAGAUGAAUCUCACCACUGGAAAACAGCGCUUAAUAAAAAGAGCCCCUUUUUCUAUCAGUGCUUUCAGUUAUAUCUGUGAAAAUGAGGCCAUCCCCAUGCCACUCCACUGGGAGAAUGUGAAUACCGACCUGCCCUAUCAGCUCAUUCCUUUGCACAAUCAAACACACGAAUACAAUGGAGUUGCUAGUCUCUUUGGGAAAACAGUGGAUCGCAACAGAAUUAAAAGAAUUCAGAGAAUUCAAAACCUAGACUUGUGGGAGUUCUUUUGCAGGAAAAAGGUUCAGCUCAAGAAAAAAAGAGGCGUGCCUCAGAUUAAUGAACAGAUGCUAUUUCAUGGCACCAGCAGUGAAUUUGUGGAAGCAAUUUGCAUUCAUAACUUUGAUUGGAGAAUCAACGGUAUACACGGUGCUCUCUUUGGAAAAGGAACCUAUUUUGCUCGAGAUGCUGCUUAUGCCAGCCGCUUCUGCAAAGACGACGUAAAGCACGGAAACACAUUCCAGGUUCACGGCGUAAACCUGCAACAGCAGCAUCUGUUUAGAACGUACAAAUCUAUGUUUCUUGCCCGAGUGCUGAUUGGAGAUUACAUAAACGGAGACUCCAAAUUCGUGCGCCCUCCUUCCAAAGACGGGAGCUACGUGAAUUUGUAUGACAGCUGUGUGGAUGACACCUGGAAUCCCAGGGUCUUCGUGGUGUUCGAUGCCAACCAGAUCUACCCCGAGUACUUGAUAGACUUUCACUGAUUUCAUUUCCAAGCUUCCAUGGUCGGAGAAGUUUUAUUCUUUUUCGCAGGGAGAUCUGCUUGCCGGUCACCUAGCUGCUCAAUGUUAAUUAUCUGAUCCUUUUGAAGCAGAUGUGAAAGAAAGGGGCCUCCCUAUAAAAAGACAUACUGACUUUAGGGUUGGUUUGUUGUUGUUUUGUUUUUGUCCAUUACUCAUGUUUGUUACUCAUGUUUGUUACAGAUCGAUACCAUUGCUGUUUUAACACCUGGGGUGAAAGACAGCGCUCAAAACGCAAUCAGCUGAGUCCCUCCAUCUUUAAAGUUUACAUCCGUGUCUUCAGGGUAAAUGUUUUCAGCUCAAAUAGACUUAUU